AUGAAGUACUUACCUGAUAUGGCUGCACUUUCGAGGCUCUUUACCGCCUACCCAAGGACGUUCAUUAUUUUCAACCUGAUCAGCAAAGAAAUAUUUGCCGGCAUUGUGGACAACAUGUCAGCUGAGCUUCGAAACUCGGCCCUGGACGUGCUAGCCGUUCGAAGUCACCCGCCAAUUCACCCAAGCCAAAUCACCGAUUUCAUCAAACAUCAUCUCGACGCCAAAGUGUGUUAUACUCAACCCCGCUUACGCCGGUAUCCGCUCUCUGCGAUUUUGGACCUCAUCACAAUAUCAGAGAGCAUCGAGAGUCUCACGGAAUCCUUCGCCAGUGAUCGUGUCCUAGGUCCCUGUAUUAGGCAUAGUAUGCCACUCUCACCGAUAGAGCUCCACCGGAUCCGACGCUCUUUUUGGCGUUUUCAGCUUUGCUACGACAUGUGUCAUCCAGAAGAAGUAAGUUCCUCUCGGGAGAUUUGUGAAGUCAAAUCCAGAGGCACUAGACAAUAUGUCCAAUCUCAGAGCAAACAACCUAUCAGCGGCAGCGUGCCAAAUUGGCUUCAAGGUCGCAGCGAAGCAUACCGUCCAGAAGCCUUAAGCCGUUUCCUUCCCAAUCUCAGUCGCUGGGAACACGAUGAGCUUGAGGCCGUUCGUUUCCAUCUCGCACUCAAAGUCAACCGCCUCCAAUACCUUCGGUCGUGUGGUUCAAAAGAUGAACUGAUCCGGGAACCCGCGCUCCUCCAACGCCUAAUCCGCGACAUCGAUCACUGGGAUACAGGAAGCCCGGAGGACCAUGUCUUGGUCGCAGCUUUCAGGCAAAGCCAGCACGCUAGAUCCCAUCCUAUUGUCUGGCAUAGGAUUCGCCAUUGUUAUGAUGCCAGUAUUCCCAAUACACCUCGCAGAUUUGUCAUACAGUCUUUGCAGGUAGGCUGUCCGCAAUGGGGCUGGUGCCUGUGGGAUGAGAAACGGCUUGUGAAGCGGGGCAUGAUCGAUAUUGAAUAUGAGGGUUGGCUCGACGGUUGGAAGAUGGACGAUGAAAGCAAGAUCGCGAAGAUUUGUGAACGGAGAGCCGCUAUCGGUGAGGCUCACAGUGAGUGUAUUGCCGCUCAAUAUACCCUUCUCGACCAAAAGAUCGCGGCACAGUACGCUAUUGAUGCGCAAAUACAUUUGGACAGGCUGAGGUGGGAUAGGGUUUGGGAAUUGGGAUCCAAGGAACGAAAGUGGAUGCCCACGGAAUUGGAUUGCAUAUACAGCGGCUGA